CAUAACCUUAAAUUUGUCACGACAGUGAUUGGAAUUACAUCGGCAUAUCAUAUGUUCAGUAUAAUUCUUAUAAUCAAAGAAUUUUUUUUAACUAUUAACUAUAUUAGUGUUUCUUAAUUAAAAUGAGUGCAAAGGUUGUGCUAAAGCAGGCCCGUGAGGCGAUAGAUUUGAAGAAUUAUGCGGAAGCUUUAAAUCUUAGCAAAAGUGUAUUAAAAGAAGAUAAAAAUAAUUAUGUAGCAUUAGUUUAUGCGGCAUUGGCCUCUCAGGAAGUUGGUGCAAAAGAAAAUGCAGAGCAUUAUUAUGAAAAGGCAACUACUUUGAUGCCUACAAAUAAUUUAGCUUGGCAAGGAUUAGUCAACUUUUAUGAUAAAUGUUUAGAGACUAAUGAUGAUGUUAAAAUAGUGAGAAAGCUGUUAAAGACCUAUGCUAAACAAAUAGAAAUUGAUAGUUCUGAUGAAAAAGUAUUAAAAAUAAUAUCAAAAAUUGAACGACCUCAACUAAUGAAUAUUUCUUUUAAUGGUGUAAUAAAUACUCUCAAUAAUUUGUUAGUUUUGGAAUCAUUGUCAGUUGGGAUGAAACAAACGAUUCUUGCAACCAUUUUAACACUUUUAAGUAAUAAUAAAGUUCCAGAAGUUUAUUACAACUUGCUUGAAACUUGUUAUACAGCAGCUAAUAAAGAAACAUUAACUGAAAAGGAACACUUAGCACAUUUAAAAGUUUUGUACGUGAAACAAAAUUUCCAGGUUUUGUUUGAUUCAUUAAAGAGUUUGCCCAUGGAAUAUUUGGGAAUUAUUGAUUGGGAGUGUGAAAUAUUCAUUAAAUUUUAUGUUUUACGCGACGACAACUACAAAAUUUUAUUGGAACAACUAAAACAAGUGAAUGAACAAUUAUUGACUUUGGAUACAAAAUAUACCCGACUUGCAAGAAUUAUAAUUGAUAUUUUAAAAGAACCUAGUGCGGAUCCUUUAGAAGUAAAAGAUGCAUUAGAAGAUGUUGUUAGAGAAAAUCCGACUUUCUUUUGUGCUUGGGUUAUUUUAUCAGAGUGUUAUUUGGAACUGCAGUUUGAGAAAGAAGCGAUACAUGCGAUUUACACAGCUGGGACCUUGUUAACACCGAAAACUAGUAGUAACUACCAUGAGAGGGUGGAUUUGUUGACUUGUUAUUGUUUCUGUAACAGUGGUAAAGAUGAAGAGUUGAAGAAAAGUGUCAAUAUUGGUGAAAAGAAUGUAAAUGAAUCAACUGCAGAUGAAAAGUUACUCAUUUCUCUACUGCGCGCACAUUUAAAUCUAAACAACGUCCAAAGCGCUAAACAAGUUUUAGAUAAGUUUGAUAAAUCGUUCAAAACUCACCAUCUUAUGAAAGCACUGGUUUACAAACACGAAGGGGAGUCAUUUGCUGCUAUACAAGAAUUGGAACAAAACGUUCAGGACUCUUCUGAGUACUGGUUAAUGUUGGGAGACUUGUAUUGGGUUGAUCAGACAGGCAAAUCAUUAGUGGCUUAUCUAAAGGCAACCAAAGCGAACCCGAAUUUGUUUAUUUGUUACGAACGUCUUGGACGUUUCUAUGAAAAAGCUGGAGAUUUAGACAAGGCAAGGCGUUGUUAUGAAAAAUCCGUUAAAAUUAACCGUUCAAAAAGCAGUUGUAUUGAGUUGAGCAAGAUUUAUCGAAAACUGCAGAAAUGGGAUGAAAAUUUAUCAUUAUUACUUUCUUUAACAUCCGGUAAUAUUUCUAUCGAUAAUACAUGGGCAUUUUUCCAACUUGGAAUUCAUUAUUUUGAACGUGAAGAUUUUACAAAAUCAUUAAACGCGCUGCGUUUGGUGAUUCGAUUGGAACCUGACAAUGUUUGUUGCUGGGAGUGCAUUGGUGAUUGCUACUUUUCUGGUGGAGCGUAUACGUCCGCUUUGAAGUGUUAUCAAAAAGUGAAAACAAUCAAUGAACAUGCAUUGUAUCCGAUGUUACAAACGGCCAACAUUCGAAAAUUGUUAGGCGAGUUUGUUGACGCUCAGAAAGAGUUUGAAUCCAUUUUAGAUAUUGAUGGAAAUUACAUACCCGCGUUGAAAGGUAUCGCGGAAACUGUUUAUUUGAUUGCCAAACAACAUUUUUCUCGACAGUUGUAUGGUUUGGCACGAGACGCAUUGCAAACUUCUUUAAAUUAUAUUUCAAGAGCCCUUCGUUUAAGAGCUUCUUUAUCAUGUUGUUGGAAGAUUGCAGCGGACUGUUGUUAUGCUGCUUCAUUACUACCGUUUAAAAAUGCAUUCCUCUCUGUGUCCGCGAUAAUAAACGAUUUAAACGACGAUGAUAGUUGUCCAAUUUCGGAUGAACUACUCAAAUAUGCUAUUCAAUUGUAUUGCAAAACUUUAAGUUUAAACCAGAGCAACGUUUACAUCUACCAUGACUUGGCAUGUUGUUAUUUGCAAUACGCUAAGCUGGUUAGAGACAAAAAUGAAAAAGAAGACUUUUUAAAACAUGCAUUGACAAUGAUACAAUACUGUAUCAACAAUAAUGCGAUGAAUGCCAAACAUUGGAAUGUGCUGGGAUGUAUUUUCUUUCAAAUGCAACCUAAAAAGAUAGAACUCUCGCAACAUGCAUUUAUUAAAUCGUUAACACUAGACAGAAACAACGUAACAAGUUGGACGAAUUUAGGAACUUUAUACUUGUACCUAAAUGAACUCAAACUUGCUAAUGCAGUCUUUUCAUCAGCACAGAAAAGUAAUCCGAAUUAUGUAAAUUGUUGGAUUGGUCAGGCUUUGAUAGCUGAGGCAUCCAAGAUGGUGGAAGCAAUGGAUUUGUUCAGACAUUCGAUGGAAUUGUCGUAUCAUCCCGAGGGUACAAUAGGUUACGCGCAUUGGGUGUGCAAAACUUUGAUGACGAAGCGCAGAGAUCAAAUUAUCUACGAGAUUGAUAACAUGCAUGCGAUUCCUGUGGCUUGUGAUGGUCUUCGGUGGUAUGUUGAAAAUUAUCCGCACGACGCUUGUGGAUGGAAUAUGUAUGGUUUUCUAUGUGAACGGCUUGGUUUAAUCCAAAGUGCAAAGGAAGCAUUUUCAAAGGCAGCGAAGUAUUCCAACAAACCUGAAGCACUAACAAAUUUAGCUCGCACUUUAUAUAUUUUUGAGGAAUAUGAUGAAGCUAUUGAGUGCUAUGAAAAAGUUGAUGAAAGAAAUGUUAAUAGUGAGAUAGGCUACGCGUUGACAUUAUUUAAAGCUGAACGUUAUGAAGAAGCUUAUCAAGCCUAUGAAAAUGUAUUAAAAAGCGAACAACUAGAGAGUAAACCAAUUCAACCUGAUUUAUUAGUUGCGCUAGCAUCAAUGAAUUAUAUGUUUGGUGGACCUGAACCAACAAAAGAUUUGUUAUUCCAAAGCAUCGGAUUGGAAACGAGGUCGCCGUGGAGUUUGUACGCUGUAUUGUCGCUUGGUUUACUACACGAUGAUUUAAACCUCGCAACUCUUACUUUGGAAGAAGUUAAAAACCUACCACACACCGAAGAAAACUUCGAGCACUACGCAAACUUACUGGUGUACACAUAUUUAAUUCAGGGAAAAUACCGGACAGCCGUGUCACAAUUAAGUGGCUUGAUACACCGAUAUCCAAACAGUUCGUCACUGUGGCUGGCGUUAUCCGCACUGUUGUAUCGCACACGUGAUGCAAAACCGAUGAACAAUGUGAUUGUUAAAUGCGCACAGGCGUCUUUAAAAUUAAAAGGAAACAAUCCGAAUUUAUCAAUGGUAUUGCCGAUGGUCACGGCCACUUCUAUUUUGUCUGGUGAUUUGCGUAACGCUGUAAAGACCGCCCAGCGACAAGUGCAUUACUAUCCUAAUGAUAAAAAUGCUUACCAAAUACUACGCGUGGCUGUAAAUGCCUUAUAAAACGUCAGGCCAGCAGUGUGGGGAACAUAAAGAUUGUUGUGGCGGUUGUUGUCUAAAUAAUAUUUGUACUGAUGGUAAGUACAUAGAACUCUUACAAUACUAAAAAUUAAACGGUUUCAUUUAACUUUUUACUUAGCUACUUUAAACUGUUGGAUCUACGAUCAUUUGUGUUUGUUACAUCCAUGCAUUGGCGAGAUGGAGUGUAAAGUCUUUCAAGCUUGGGAUGGCAGUGAACCUCAAGUCUAUUGUGAAUAAAAUAAGUACUAUUUAUAUUUAACAACUCUUUUCACUCCAAGUACUUUAAGUUAAGCACUCGUUUGGUAGAUUAUAUGUCUAAAAAUAAAGAAAUAAUUUUAUGAAAAAUUACAACACAUUAAUAAAA